AUGACAAAGAUAGCGAGAUUCCAUCAGCUGGGCGGGCCGGAGGUGCUACAGAUCGACGAGAUUGCCUUCGAGGAUCCGGCACCUGGUGAGCUGCUGUUGAAGGUCAACACCAUAGGGAUAAACCGCAUGGAAGUCUUCUUCCGCGCCGGCGGCUUCGGCUCGCCCAAGGCGUUUCCCGCCAUGCUCGGUUCGGAAUGUGCUGGGACGGUUCUGGCCAUCGGCCAAGGCGUCGCUGGGUUUGCGAUCGGGGAUCGCGUGGCGACCAUCCCGGGGUUCACGAGCGUUCCGGGUUUCGCUACAGAGAUGAAAGGCCACGAAUGCGCCGUGUACGGCGAGCAGGCUUAUGUGCCGGCCGAGAUGGCGGUGAAGAUGCCCAGCGGCAUGUCGUUUGUUGAUGGCGCUGCUUUAUGGAUGCAGUACAGUACCGCCUGGAACAGCAUGGUUGACACGGCCAAGCUGCAAAAGGGCGAGUACGUUCUGCUGACGGCGGCGACGUCGUCGGUGGGAAUUGCGGCGGCCCAGAUCGCCAAAUCGCAGGGUGCCAUCCCGAUCUGUACAACCCGGAGUCAGUCCAAGGUGGCCGCACUGAAGUCGCUCGGCAUCGAACAUGUCAUUGUGACGGAUGAGCAGGACAUCGCGACGGAAGUGGCACGCAUCACCGGCGGCGUCGGCUGCCGCGUCAUCUACGACCCGAUUGCUGGGAAAGGUGUCAGCGAACUGCUCGAUGCGGUCGCAGUCAACGGCAUAAUCCUUAUCUACGGUGUUCUAGACCUGGCCCCGGCCAAGAUUGACCCGCUGAAGGGCAUGGCCAAGUUUGCAACCAUCAAGUUUACAGCCGUGUUUCAGACAUUAUUGAACCCAGAGAAGCGCGCCAAGAUGGCCAAGUUUGUGCUCGAUGGCGUUGCAAACGGGUCGCUAAGGCCCGUUGUGGACAAGACCUUUGCGUUUGAGGAUAUUGCUGAGGCGCAUCGCUAUCUUGAGAGCAAUCAGCAUAUUGGAAAGGUGGUGGUGACAGUUGAUUGA